GACCUCAAAUGCACCAAUCAGUCUGUUAACGGGUUACUUCGGUCAAGCCCUUGCAGUGACACUGUAUUCAUGAGCUGCUUCAGACAGCUCCGUCGGGGUGCGAUGUAGCACGGUCAGCCGAUGCGCUCUGCACACAAGGUGUCUGCCGCCUUCAAGGACCCAGCUAAGGAUAACACGAGAAGGCUGUCGACUGGACAACGCAAGUACUCAUAGUACUCUUAUCUAAAGGUUUACCGAUCUCAAGGCCACCUAAAAGCGUGCCACAAAUCUGGCUCUAUUUGUAAAAUGUCACAUAGCACAAAAACUGGAUUCUCCGUGCGCGAUAUUUUAAACCUCCAGGAAGUAAAUAAUGAUUUUGGAACGGGGGACCCUGAAGACGACACUGAAGAAGAUACGAAUGAAGACUCACAGUGUUCAACAAAAACUAUAAAACAGUCCUCGCCAAGAAAUUCACAUUGGCUGGGGAAUUCAGGUGGCUAUCAUUAUCCGUUUUUUCCCGAUUCCCGAAGUGAUGUCAAGACACCGGAGCUGUCCACUGAUGAGUCGCCCGACCGUGACAGGGAGCCGCUGGACGACUCCGAGGAGGUGGGGAAGAGAAAGAAAAGGAGAGUCCUGUUUUCCAAAGCGCAGACCUACGAACUUGAACGUCGUUUCAGGCAGCAGAGAUACUUGUCCGCUACCGAAAGGGAGCACCUGGCAAAUGUGUUAUGUUUGACACCAACUCAGGUGAAGAUAUGGUUUCAGAACCAUCGGUAUAAAAUGAAGAGAGCGCGUUCCGAGAAAGGCGUGGACCUUGGCUACGUUACCUCUCCGCGAAGGGUAGCUAUCCCUGUUUUGGUGAAGGACGGUAGGCCAUUCCAUGCUAUAAAACCCCAGGAACUCGCUGCCCCCCUGCACGCAGGAUUACAAUUUUCCCUUGGCGUCCAGCAUCUCCAUCAAGUGCAUUUCAGCAGUCAUAUCAGUUCCAGCCCUAUGACACCAGUACCCUGCUCUAGCUUAGCGCAGAUACAGCGGUGGUCUUGGUGAGCCGGUCCAUUUGGAGAUCUUGCGUACAAAGCGUAUUAGUUCAGUUUAAUACCCUUGUCGCCAUUUCGAAACUAGCACCUUUGGCUUGUUUUGGUACCAAAGGCAGUCUCCGAAAACGUUUUCAUACUCUAUUUUUUAACGCUGUUCACUGAAUGAAGAGAGUAUGAUCACAAAUAAAAUUAGUGUUCCCUUAUGUUUUAGUUGAGUCUGGUGAUAUUUUAUAUUAAAAUGGUAGAAACCGACAAGCGCACAAGA